AUGUCUGAGAAUCUCCACUUCGACACUCUGCAGCUUCACGCUGGUCACGAGCCCGACGGAACUACAAACUCACGGGCUGUCCCCAUCUACGCGACCAGCUCCUACGUGUUCAAUGACUCCGCCCACGGCGCCAGGCUCUUCGGCCUCAAGGAGUUCGGCAACAUCUACAGCCGAAUCAUGAACCCAACAGUGGAUGUGUUUGAGAAGCGUAUCGCAGCUCUCGAGGGUGGUGUUGCCGCCGUCGCGGCCUCGUCCGGCCAGGCAGCCCAGUUCAUGGCUAUCUCGGCCCUCGCCCAUGCCGGAGACAACAUCGUCUCUACGAGCAACCUGUACGGUGGCACCUACAACCAGUUCAAGGUGAUGCUCCCUCGCCUGGGUAUCAAUACCAAGUUUGUCAACGGCGACAAGCCCGAGGAUAUUAUCGCCGCGAUUGAUGAUCGCACCAAGGCUGUUUACGUGGAGUCCAUUGGCAACCCCCGCUACAAUGUUCCUGACUUUGAAGCGAUUGCCAAGGCUGCCCACGAGAAGGGUGUCCCAGUUGUGGUUGACAACACCUUCGGCGCAGGUGGCUACUUUGCCCGCCCAAUUGACCACGGCGCCGAUAUUGUUGUGCACAGUGCCACCAAGUGGAUCGGUGGUCAUGGCACCACCGUUGGCGGUGUUGUCAUCGACAGUGGCAAGUUUGACUGGGGGAAGAACGCUGCUCGGUUCCCACAGUUCGUCGAACCAUCUGAGGGUUACCACGGUCUGAAGUUCUGGGAAACCUUCGGCCCUAUCACAUUUGCUAUCAGAGUGCGCGUUGAGAUUCUGCGCGACCUCGGUUCUACCCUGAACCCCUUCGCUGCUCAGCAGCUGAUCCUCGGCCUGGAAACCCUUAGUCUGCGUUGCGAGCGUCACGCCACCAACGCUCUUGCCUUGGCGAAAUGGUUGCAACAAAAUGAGAAUGUGAGCUGGGUCUCGUACCCCGGCCUGGAGGACCACCCCAGUCAUGAGCUGGCAAAGAAGUACCUGAAGCGUGGCUUUGGUGGUGUGCUUUCUGUUGGCAUCAAGGGCGGCGCUGCUGCUGGUUCUCAGGUGGUUGAUAACUUCAAGCUCAUCUCCAACCUUGCAAAUGUUGGCGACUCAAAGACGCUCGCUAUCCACCCGUGGUCCACGACUCACGAGCAGCUCACAGACCAGGAGCGUCGAGACUCCGGUGUCACUGAGGAUGCAAUUCGCAUUUCGGUUGGCACGGAAUACAUCGACGACAUCAUUGCCGAUUUCGAGCAAUCCUUCAAGGCGUCAAAGGCUCUACCGGACCGUACUGCUUGA